AUGCAGGACGAAGACAUUUUACAAGUGUUGGGCGACGGCAAUGAUUCGGACAUUGAGUGUUUUGACGACUCCGACGACGAGGAACCGUUUUUUGAUCCUGCUGUCUUAAACAAUAUAGGUGACCUCGGUUUACCCGAAGAUCCUGCUGAAAAUCAAAGAUAUGACCAGGUGGAAGGCAUUCUAGUACCAGACCAGUCCGUACCAGCACCUUCUUCCGUAGUACCAACUGCUAAACGUCCGUGUCGCUCUGGUUCCCGCCCUAGUCGCUGGAGAGUUACUUCGUUUGAAGAUAAGCAGCAUACUUACCUUGAACGACCUAUGAAAUCGGUAAGGCAACCAAUUGAUUACGUGCAAGAUUACUUUGAUGACCAGUUUUAUGAAAUGGUCAGUACUUGCACAAAUUUAUAUUAUUUGAGAAAGACUGGGAGUGAAUUAAAAACUACGAAGUCUGAGAUACAGAAACUUUUUGGUAUUCAUAUUUUAAUGAGAUGUAUUCCAUUCCCAAGGCUACCUAUGUACUAA